CCACUUCUUUUUAUUGAUACCAAGUAACCAGUUAGAAGGCUUCCUAUAACCCAAAAACAAUGUUGAAACCGCAGGUUUCUCGUCAACCAAACUCCACAAGAACUCACUUGCUUUUCCAUAAGCCAUCCAUCCAAGGAAGUCGACAUGCUUCUUUUUUUCUCAAAUCAACUUCCAAAUUCAAUAUUGAAGCUCAAAAACAUUUUCGAGUUGCCUUUAAACCUAGCGAAAUUAAAGCCAUAGCAAGUGUCACAGAGGAGAGCACUGACAUUAAAGUUAAAGCUGUUGUGACUGUAAAACAAACCAUUGGUGGGCUCAUAACAAGCGUAGGGAUUGAACGAGGUCUCGAUGACAUUAAAGACUUGCUUGGUAAAACACUCUUGUUAGAGCUUGUUAGUGCUGAGCUUGAUCCUAAAACGGAACUAGAGAAGCCAACUAUUCAAGCGUUUGCACAUCGAAUAGGCGGCCAAGUAGUGGAGGGAGAUAUCAGAUAUGAAGCAGACUUUGAGGUUCCAUUGAAUUUUGGAGAGGUUGGUGCCAUUUUUGUUGAAAAUGAGCACCAUAAGGAGAUGUUUCUUCAGGACAUAGUGCUUGAUGGUUUACCUCAUGGCGCGGUUAAUAUUACUUGUGGUUCAUGGGUUCAUUCUAAGUAUGACAACGAUCGUAAGAGAAUCUUCUUCACCAACAAGUCAUACUUACCCUCACAAACACCAAGUGGGAUUAGAAGAUUGAGAGAGGAAGAGCUCGUACUUUUGCGAGGGAAUGGGCAAGGACAACGUAAAGCAGGGGAUAGAAUAUAUGAUUAUGAUGUGUAUAAUGAUAUAGGUAAUCCUGAUAAAAAACCAGAGCUAGCUAGACCGGUGCUCGGCGGUAAAGAACAUCCUUACCCUAGACGUUGCCGAACAGGACGACCACGAUGCGAGACAGAUCCAUCGUCUGAGAAGAGAGUUAGUGCCUUCUACGUUCCCAGAGAUGAAGCAUUUUCUGAAGUGAAGCAGCUUACCUUCUCUGCCAAGACAUUAUACUCAUUGUUCCACGCCUUGAUACCUUCUAUAGGAAAUGUUAUUGAUGAUGCAAAUCUUGGAUUCCCAUACAUGACUGCAAUAGACUCACUCUUCAGUGAAGGAAUUGAAAUGCCACCACUUACAAAAGAAGGGUUUUGGAAAGAAGUUAUGCCCCGGCUUUUCAAGGUCAUCGCUGGUGGAGGAGAUGUGCUGCGAUUUGAAGUCCCUAAACCAAUGGAAAGAGACAAGUUCUUCUGGUUUAAGGAUGAAGAAUUUGCUCGACAGACUCUUGCCGGUCUCAAUCCGUAUAGCAUCAAAUCGGUUACGGAAUGGCCACUAAAGAGUGAGCUUGAUCCAGAGAUCUACGGUCCGCCAGAAUCUGCGAUUACCUCAGAGCUAUUAGAGGCAGAGAUUGGAGGGGUAACUAGAGUUGAUAAGGCCAUAAGAGAAAAGAAGCUGUUCAUCCUAGAUUACCACGAUCUCUUGUUACCAUUUGUUAGCAAAGUCAGAGAAAUCAAAGGAACAACGUUAUACGGGUCGAGGACAGUGUUCUUCCUAACCCCAGAGGGCACAUUAAGGCCACUAGCAAUUGAACUGACUCGCCCACCGAUGGACGGGAAGCCUCAAUGGAAGCAAGUGUUUACACCGUGUUACCAUUCCACAGGUUGCUGGCUCUGGAGGCUAGCUAAAGCUCAUGUCCUUGCUCAUGACUCUGGUUUUCAUCAACUUGUUAGCCACUGGCUUAGAACACAUUGUGUGACAGAACCUUAUAUAAUUGCAACGAAUCGGCAGCUUAGUGUUAUGCAUCCAAUUUACAGACUGUUACAUCCUCAUUUUCGAUACACAAUGGAGAUCAAUGCUUUAGCUAGAGAAUCAUUAAUCAAUGCAGGUGGUAUCAUUGAGACUUCAUUCUCUCCUGGCAAGUAUUCUAUGGAGAUCUGCUCUGCUGCCUAUGAUAAGCUGUGGCGGUUUGACCAUGAAGCACUACCCAAUGACCUAAUCAGCAGGGGAAUGGCGAUUGAAGAUCUAACUGCCCCACAUGGCCUAAAACUUACAAUCGAAGACUACCCUUUCGCCAACGAUGGUUUGUAUUUAUGGGAUGCCAUCAACCAAUGGGUUAGUGACUAUGUAAAUCACUACUACCCUGAAUCAGGUUUAUUAGCUUCCGAUGCAGAGCUCCAAGCAUGGUGGACUGAAAUUCGGACAAUAGGCCAUGCUGACAAGAGAGAUGAACCAUGGUGGCCUGAACUCAAAACACGACAUAACCUUAUCGAUAUCAUCACUACUAUCAUAUGGGUGGCCUCAGGUCACCACGCUGCGGUGAACUUUGGACAGUAUCCUUACGCAGGAUACUUUCCUAACAGGCCUACCAUUGCCAGAAAAAAAAUGCCAACCGAAGACCCUACAGAUGAAGAAUGGAAACUUUUCUUGGAAAAACCUGAAGCAGUACUCUUGGCAACCUUCCCUUCAAAACUUCAGGCAACGAGAGUAAUGGCUGUGUUGAGUGUGCUAUCAAACCAUUCUCCUGAUGAGGAAUAUAUCGGGGAGGGAAUAGAACAAGCAUGGGCAGAUGAUCCAAUUAUAAAGGCAGCUUUUGAGAAGUUCAGUGGGAGGUUGAAAGAGUUAGAAGGGAUAAUUGAUGAAAGGAAUGCUAAUCCAAAAUUGGUGAAUAGACAUGGAGCUGGCAUUGUGCCAUAUGAGCUUUUGAAGCCUUUUUCUAAGCCAGGGAUAACAGGAAAGGGAGUUCCAUAUAGUAUUUCCAUUUGAAAUAUGCAAACUUAUCAAACUUGAUUUUGAUAAGAGACUUUUGUAUCAAAUGAGAAAAAAGUUGGAUAAACAAUAGAUGUAUCAGUUGAUCA